AUGCAUACUUCAUUAGAUGAUAAAGAAAUUACACGUGAAUUAUGGCAAUCACGUUUACCAAUAUGUUUUAUAUUAUCGGAUGAAGAUAAAAGUAAAAUUAAUCGGUCUGAAUCACCAGAACCACUCUAUUUAAUGCUUGCACGUCAAAGUUAUUUUCCAUGUAUUAUUGAAAAACUUCAUCGAUAUUAUUCAACUUAUUUUAAAGAAAAUCUAAAUGAUACAACAAAUUAUGUUAAUUUUGCUAAUUUAUGGCUUGAAUAUGAAAGUAUUCCACUAAAAUGGCAUUAUCCUAUAGGAGUACUUUAUGAUCUUUAUACAUCAUCACUUUCAUCUACAUCAUCUUAUCUACCAUGGCAAAUAACUGUUCAUUUAAGUAAAUUUCCUGAAAGUGAAAUAAUACGUUUUCUUGAUAAAGAAUCAAUUGAAGCACAUUAUAUGUCAACAGUAAAAGAGGCUGAUGCACUUAAACAUAAAGGACAAAUAAUAGGUGAUAUGCAAAAACGUGAUCAUAAACAAUUAUGGAAUUCUUUAUUACAAGAUAAAUAUGAUGGAUUUUGGAAUAUAAAUAAUAAAUUAAUGAGUUAUACAGAAAAUUUACAAUAUUUUCGUUAUAUACCAUUUCGCAUUUAUAUCUUAGAUAAACCAUUUAUACAAAAAUUAUUUUCACCAUAUGAUAUUGACGAAGAAAAAUGGAUGACAUUAAAUGAUUUACUUCAUUUUGUUUUAAAUCAUGAAGUACAAUGUGAACAAUUAACAAAUGAAAAAAAAAUUUUAAAUACAAAUAUUAAUGAUUAUCAAGUUAUUAUUCAUGGUAUACAACCAUCACUUCAAACACCAAUACAAUGGCUUAGUGAAUAUUUUUCUUAUCCGGAUAAUUUUCUUCAUAUAUGCCUGAUUGAAAAACGUUCAUAA